AUGUCCUCUACCCAAGAUGCCACCACCAAGAUCUCCAUUGACAAGUUCGACGGCGACAACUACGCGACGUGGAGCCGCUACAUGCGUGGCGUGUUCCUGACUAAGUCGGCGUGGCACGUGGUGAACCGGGAGACGUCGCCGACCUACGCGGACGAUCGCGCCAUGGACGACUACGUCAAGGCUAACAACAUCGCUUUCGGACUGAUGUUGCUGCACAUGGACGCAGACUACCAUCACAUCGUCGAUGACUGUGAAGAGGCGUGGGUCGCGUGGGCGCGUUUGAAGACGCUGUACGGCGGGUCGCAGAAGGCUGGACGCAUCUACUUGAAGCGCCAGCCCAUCGGCGCGAAGCUCAGCAGCAUCGGCGCCAAGAUGGAGGACGAGGACGUGGCGAUCUGCUUGUUGCGCAGCCUCCCCAAGAGCUACGAGAACGUCGUUCUCAACUUGGAGAUGAGCAGCGCGGAACUGCGGACGCAAGACGUCGUGAAAGUGCUGACGAAUGAGCACAUCAAGAGGCAAGGUGACAAGACGACAUCGGUGAAGACUGAAGACGCGGAGAAGGCGUUCAGUGCCGAGCGUGAACCUCGCCAGUGUGCAUACUGCGGAAAAUUGGGGCACACGGCGGAGCGGUGCUGGACCAAGCAGAAGGACGAAAAUCAAGGUGGAGCUCGACGCGGCGGCAACAAUGCUCGUGGACGCGGAGCCAACAACGUUCAGUGGCGAACCAACAGUAACUACGACGACAACUACGAUCGAGUUGCGUUCGCGGUUUCGUUGGAGGCUGGAUUUUCAACGGGCAAGAAUAUGCCAGGGAUGUGGGCAGUCGACAGCGGUGCGACGCAUCACAUCUGCAACGACAAGGCCAAGUUUGCAAGCCUGAAUGAGCGAGAUGAAGGCGAACUAUCGGUGGCUGAUGGCAGCAAAGGCUGCGAUCAAGGGAUGUGGGAACCAUCAUGGAACGGGUAG